GGAUUUUAAUGUCAUAUGUUUUAUUAAUAUUGUAUUUAGAAGUGUUUUCAAUAAUCAUUAUAGUAUGCUAAAGUAAAAGAUUGUUUGUGUUUGUCUGUGAGAGUGGAAAGCUACCAGCUUGGGUGUGUGUGUAAAACUGCAAGAAGGAUUAACUAGGAAUUUAUGUCUGGAAAUUGUCAAAGAUAAGAAAGAGACCAGAGUGGGAAAAGUAAACAGAAAACCACGUAUUAACUAAUACUUUAAUAUUCACAGGAUAAAAUAUGCAAUAUAUUUCUUACUUAAUCAGUAUUAAUCAGUGAAUAAUUGAUGUAAUAAAUGAUAUGAUGUUGUCUUUGAUAAAUGUGUAUUAACCAAUGAAAUGAAGGUUGCAUACAGAAUAACCUAAUGGGGGGAUGGCAGCUCAACCUUGAAGAACAGAAUCUCCUGCGCUUGUUCUUUGUGUGUGUGUGUGUGUGUGUGUGUGUUUUCUUCCCUGACAGAUGUUUUUUAAUAAUGAUUAAAGUGUUUUGCUUAGAAGUAGUAUUGCAGUAAAAGAUUUAAUAUGUGUUUAUCUAUCUAAAGAAGUUAAUGUGUGCCUUAUUCAUAUAACCAAUUUUACGAAUAAUGAAAUGAUGUCAUGAUAUUGAAAUGUGUUUUACAUAAUAAUCACUUUCAUCUUACAGCUUAUGUUUUUUAUGAAUGAAUGAAUGUUGUAUUAAUGAUUUGGUUUUAAGAAAGCAUUAUUAUAUUCUAUGUGAAGUCAAUCAUAUGUGAAGUGGAGGAGUACUGGGGAGAAGGUGACGGGCUGCAUGGCCCUCAGGGAUGAGCGGAGAAAAGUUUGUUUUUCUUUGUAUGUGUGUGUCUAUCUCCUGCAGACUAAAACUGGGUGUGGUAAUGGAGUCAGAUGUACGAGGGGAACGGCCUUUGUGGGUGGAGAUUCUAAGAAGAAGAUCGACGUCACAUACUUUAUAAAUAACUGUUUUCUCCAAAUGCGGGCUGUUAGUCGAAUGCCUAUUGUGGCCUUGAGACUGCCCAGCGCUGUAAAACUUUUUCAUAUCUGAUCAAUAAAUAGUUUAAUUUUAAUACCGUGCCUUUCCUCUAAUUAUGAACAUGCAGAUGGACGCCUUAAAGUCCAACAACUGGUGACCCCUGACGUUUUGUGGAGGGAAAGGAGAGAGUGAGCGGAAGGAGGGUUUCAAAUUGAAGAAACCAGAGUAAGCGAGGAUUCCCUUUCAACACAAAAAGAGCGCUCUAUUAAAAUAAGGUAAGCAGAAGCCUGUUUUAUCAAAUUCUGCUAAUUGGAUAUACCAAAUUACUUGUGUUGAUAAGGAGAUCCGAACUGAAUUACAAAUUUAAAUUUUUUAUAAAUUGAUCAGAGUGAAAAACUUUUUGAAAUUUUUGAAUUUUGUUAUUAAAUAAAAGGUUGAGGAGUCCUUUAACGCAUUAGGCGUUAUAAAAUACCAACUCAGGUUGUAGCCUGUAAGGGGUGAAAGGCCCGUUGGAUGAAAGGUCCAAGAAUACUGUUAAUGGCGGUGUAAGUUAACAGAAUUAAUUAAAAAGGUUGAGGAUUCCUUUAAUACAUUAGGUAUUAUAAAAUACCGACUCAGGUUGUAUAGCCUGUAGGGGGUGUACAGCAGCCCGUGGAUGUAAGGUCCACGAAUACUGGAAAGAAGAAGUGACGUCUUAAUGUGAAUAGUAUUGUUGAUAUAUUGUUGUUAUUUUUGUGACAUUUCUGUGAAAGUUGUAUUGUGUUUGUAUUGCGGGUGAAACUCCUGAAAACUACUGGUGUAUAUAUCCUUUUGUUAGAUAAGAGUGACGUUUUGUGCUUUUUUUGAAAUUUUGAAUGCUUGUAAAUUGUGUGAAAAUGGCUAAAUAAAAAAAAUGUGAUAAGUAUGGUUGCUUAACAGUGUAUGUGCAAUGGAAAAAGGGCAAGUAGUUUGGAAAGGGACCAACUGUAAAAGACUUAGAAACAGAUUUGAGAAUUUGGACAAGAUUAGCUCUGGUUGCUGCUGCCAUGCAGGCUAUUAAAUCAAAUAAAAAAGGCGAAGUUGACAGUGGUGCUGCUGCAAAGCAGAAGGAACAAGGAAACAGUCAGCCAGACUCAAGUGUGACACCUACGGCUCCUCCUCCAGUUCCACCCCCAGUGAAAUCGAUCUACCCCUCCUUGCCCACACCUCCUCCUUAUGAGGAAAAGUCUGUUUCGAUCUCAAAGCAACAACCGGUGUUAAUAGUAAACAGUGGUGAACUAGAUGUUGAAUUUGAUGAAAUAAAGUCCCUGAAAAUAAAAAUGGAAAGAUUACAACAAACAAUUAUGACACAGGGAGAGAUAAUCACAACUCUAUUAAGAUUACAGAGAAAUACAAAUGAUAGCAACAUGGGAAAGAGAUCUUGUGUAUUACACAGACAGGGCCAUAAACAAAUCACACAAACAGAACUUGUAGAGGUAGAUAAGAUUAAGAAUAAGCUUUUGAAACUGCAGCUAGAACAGACUAAACAGGCCAACACAAAAAAGAAACAAAUACCCAAGCAGGCCCAACCAACACCAGUAGCUAUGACAACUAGUGUUCCGGACAACGUACAAUAUCCCAAUCAGCCCAUAGAUCCAUUUAAAGGCCCACCCUAUACAGGAAAGCCGUUGGAGGGAUAUAACCAACAGAGAAGGGGAGGGCCAAGAAGGAGUAGUAGACCAAAACGGGGAGGUUUUGGAGGUUUUGUCAGGAAUACAUGUUAUGUGUGCGGACAAGAAGGUCAUUGGGCCAGAAGAUGCCCUCAAAAUGGGUCACAGCCCCAAUAUUCCGGUGUAAGGUAUCCACUUAACGCACCAAAUGCAAGGGGAUGGGGUCCCAAUAGAGGAGGUGGCGGGCGUGGAAAUGGUGGUUUUGCCAGGGGACCACCAGCGCCACACAACCCAUCACAACCAGAUUUAAUGGCGCCUAUGCACCCAACAUGGGGCCAAAGGGAGUGAUGCGGAUGAAUAAGGGGGCACACAGGAACCCACCAUGAAAGGAAUGACUGGGCCUCUCAUGGACCAUUAAGAGCCCUAGUGGAUAAUGGGCCUAAAUAGUCCACCGUAAAAAAAAAAAAAAAAAAAGUUUCAACAACGGUGGAGAUAAUGGGUUUCUGGUAAAAUUGAAAAGUGACUAUCAACAAAUCACUACCCUAUAAGGUAGCAAACCAGUCUAGUUUGCACACAUUUCUGUAUUCCUCCAACACACUAGUUAAUAAUAGAUAGGGACCUAGAAAUUACAAUGACCUGUCAAUGUUGUAAUGUGCCCCCGGACGGACGGGGCACAAAUGAAUGGCUAAUUAAACUAUGGAGAGAUAAAGCCUUAUGUCUGAUCCAGGACCAGAGACUUAUGUUAUUUUUUUAUUUUUUUUGGGCCUUAUAAACAACAAACAAUAGAUAAUAAGGUAUGUACCAAUAUAUAAAACGGUGUCUUAGAUAA